AUGGGCCUCUUCUCGUACACCGUCGCCGGCGGUGGAUUCAUAAUGAUCGGCGCUUGGGAAGCUUUCGCAUCGUCCAAAGAAACCUUGAAGGUGACGCCACCGCCACCGUCACCGCUGGAACAGCCUCAAUUAGCGGACAUAACCACCCCCAAAUCCACACGGAUUUCCUCCUCCGCAACAUUCCUAGCAGGUUCUGUUCUCUCGUUUCUCUUCAUUGUCAACUCACUAAUCUCAAUCUCCGAUGCCAUCAGCUCCGAAGAUGAUGUCGGCGUGGUUAUCCAGUUGGAGGUAAUCUCGAUUUCGCUCCUUUUCAUCCUCUACUCUGUGGUCGGCUUCUUUAGCCGUUCAAAAGAUUCUCUUCAAUUGCCUUGUCAAAUCCCCAAUUUGAUUUCCCUCUUUGCAUUCGGGGAGGAAUUUUUAAUAUUUUACAUUCAGAGGAAAGACCCCAGCGGGGUUGAAAAUCGUUACUAUGAUCUCUUCCUAGUGCCAAUUGCUGCCUGUGCAUUCUGUACGAUUCUCGAAUUGAAAAAUCCCCAAAGGAAUUACUGUAGACUGGGGCGAGGGAUCGGGCUGGUCUUACAAGGAAUGUGGAUUCUGCAAAUGGGGUUCUCAUUUUUCUCAGGCCUGAUGGCUCAUGGCUGCGCAUUGCACGAGAGAAGUAGAGGUAAUUACACGGUGAAGUGCAAGGGGCAACAUGAAUACCACCGAGGUCGAGCCAUUGCCACGCUUCAGUUCAAUUGCCAUCUUGUUCUGCUUGUCACCAUUGUUUCUGUAGUUUUCUGUAUAGUUUGUAAGAAGAAUGGGAUUAGGCAGGAAAGUAGCAAGUAUAGACCGAUUGGAGCAGAGGUGCAGCAGAUGGAAAUGGGUGCUUGCUCUGCUUUUUCUUUGGAGUCCGAUGACGAUGAAGGAGCGAAUCAUCAUAAUGCUUUGGGAAUGCCAGGGGUGGCAGCUAAUGGCUUUCAUGCUCACCAGUGA